GGUAACAUAGACAGACAGCGUUACAAGACACUCGCAGUCUACGUGAGUCUCCCUCUUGAGUGAGUUUGAUAUACGAUACAUUGCACGCAAGGAAGGAGACCGUUAUUAAUUGUGUUCAACUUUUGGAUAAGUUCACAAGCAUUUUUGAAAGCUGACUAAGAUGCUGGAUCACGGCAAGUUGUGUGUACUGACACUGGCAUGGCUGGCCUGCAUUAGUAGUGAUGUAUGUUCUGGCCAGACCCUCUGCCCUGGUGGGGACGCUACCCUCAGCGCAGAAUACAGUAUAACUGGUGACAAGGGCAGCUAUGAAGGGUUUAUCUGGGUGCGACCAACUGAUAACAGAUAUGUUGUCACAUGCAACCCCAACUGCAGUGCCGUGUCUGGAUACAGUGCCACCAAGAAUGAUACUCACUCUACACUAACUAUAGAAUCUGUGAAUAUGGAUGCGGAUAUUGGUGUAUGGAAGAUCGAGGAUGCUAAUGCCGGUUCGGUUCUGAUUUCUAGCGUGUGUAAUCUGACUUAUAGCGACAACAGCGAUUCGACAACAACGUCGUCAACACCAACAGACAACUCCACAGAGAAUGACAACAGCGAUUCGACAACAACGUCGUCAACACCAACAGACAACUCCACAGAGAAUGACAACAGCGAUUCGACAACAACGUCGUCAACACCAACAGACAACUCCACAGAGAAUGAUGUAUGUUCUGGCCAGACCCUCUGCCCUGGUGGGGACGCUACCCUUAGCGCAGAAUACAGAAUAACUGGAGACAGGGGCAGCUAUGAAGGGUUUAUCUGGGUGCGACCAACUGAUAACAUAUCUGUUGUCACAUGCAACCCCAACUGCAGUAUCGUGUCUGGAUACAGUGCCACCAAGAAUGAUACUCACUCUACACUAACUAUAAAAUCUUUGGAAAAGACGGAUAUUGGUGUAUGGAAGAUCAAGGAUGCUAAUAACGGGUCGACUGAGGCUUCAAGCGUGUGUUGUAUGAAGACAGGCGGAACAUCUUCUCCCAUCACGACUGCCAGGCCCGGAGAAACAGCAACUACUCCAGAGGAUCCUCUACCAUUGUAUCUGAUAAUUGUUAUUAUAGUUAUUGGAGUGGUUCUCCUUAUCGCCCUCAUCAUUAUCAUUAUCAUCAUCUGUGUUAAGCGUAGAAAAAGAAGUCAGAAAUAUGCGGUUGAGGAGGCUCGCAAAGCCUAUGAAAAACGUCCUCCCUCCCCUGGAAUGGUGCAUCCAAAUGGGGGACUGCCACAGUCACCUGAUUAUGAAAAUAAGGAAAGGAAUGGACGUGUUUGGUACGGAAGGGAGGAGUCUGGUGAUCUUGGCACAACGGAGGCAACUUCAGCAAUAGAACUGGAGGAAACAGUUCCCGAUCAUACCGGAGAGUCUGAAGACGUAAACGCAAACACACAAAGGGGUCUUGAGGACAUUGGGUCAGAUGAAACAACGGCAGAUGGAAGUAUGUUCAACGAAAUUGCAGAGCCUACCGAGGAUAAGGCAAAGGAACACAAUUAUACAGGGGAAUCUGAUUCUAGGGGAAAUGUUCUCCCAGAAAAUGAAGUAUCCUUCGAGGGGACAUCUGACAAAGGGAGUGAUAAGAGCCCCGAUGAAGGUGAUAACGAUGUAUCUGAUAAAUCUAUGUUGGAAAGAGUGGACGAGUCCGAAAAACAGAGUGACCAACACAACGAGGAGUCGGUUUUACAAGCGUUUGAUGAGUUUGGGGAUUCCGACGAUGACAAUGAAAGUGGUGGUACUGGCAACGAUGACAAUGAAUGUGGUGGUACUGGCAACGAUGACAAUGAAUGUGGUGGUGCUGGCAACGAUGACAAGGAAUGUGGUGGUACUGGCAACGAUGACAAGGAAUGUGGUGGUACUGGCAACGAUGACAAUGAAUGUGGUGGUACUGGCAACGAUGACAAUGAAAGUGGUGGUACUGGCAACGAUGACAAGGAAUAUGGUGGUACUGGCAACGAUGACAAGGAAUAUGGUGGUACUGGCAACGAUGACAAGGAAUGUGGUGGUACUGGCAACACCGGAAAUAGUGACUUAUCUUUGCAUGAUCCUAAUGGUGUUGGCGAGUCAGUGUGAAUUCCAGGGACUGGAAAACAAGAACAUGUCGAAGGUGAAGAAACUUCAACGCUCCAAGGAGGUGCACUGAGUCAAAACUGGAUAAUUUAAUGUUAUUACGACAGUGUGAUGCUGAGGAUCACUUUCAUGCUGAAAACCAGGACUCACUUCCUAAAACGUCGCGCCACGCCAACUGCAAGCGUGUAUUGAACUAUUGGAACGGCACCACCGUAGAACAGGUGCUACAACUGUAGGCGAUGUAUAAUGGGAUUAAUGCCGCGCACGUGUGUGUGGGUGCGUGUGCGUGUGCGUGUGCGUGUGCGUGCGUGCGUGCGUGCGUGUGUAUGUGUGUGUGAGUGAGUGAGAGAGAGUGUGUAUGUGUGCGUGUGUGCGUGCGUGCAUCACGUGAGUGUGUUCGAGGCUGGUAAAUAUCCCGCAUUAGAAAUAAGCAUCUAACCCAAGAUUACGUUUUGUUAUAGUGUGUCUGUCUGUCUAACGUUACGAAGUGUCCUCGCGAAGUUGUUUCGCAGUUGAUAUCUCCAAAGUUACCAAGACUUGUAAAAUGCCUUGGCUACGUACGCCACAGCUAGACAUUGUUUUUUUAAGUAUAUUAGAUUUAUUUUUUUAUAAUGAUAGGAAUUAGCACAGUAGUUUCUCCAAAUUCCCGAUGUUUAGUUCUGACACGAUCGCCGAACGACAAGUGCGCCGCCAAGUUUGUUCCGCAUAUGAAUAUCUUUUUUUUGCGUUGGCUUUAUCCUGUCGAGACCUACCUAUAUCAUAAAUAUAAAUAUUGUACAUUUGUGUUUUAUAUGACGUAGAAAAUAUGUUGUAAUUAACGUAAUAUAAAAAAUAGUUACUAAUAUUUACAUGUCGUUAUGCUGUUGUAUAUUGCCCAUUGCUAUUAUUAGUUCAUAUUGACUGAUAAAGUGUGAGCCUCGCGUAGAAGGAACUGCGGAAUAGUGAAUCAUUUCUGGUGGACAUUGCAGGAUUUCAAAGAGAUGUAUCUCCGCAAACAUGAGUCAGUUGAGCACAUUGUUUCGCUGUGACAAUAAGCAGGGACAUGUGCCUUUUGGAAAUGGGACAAACUUGAGGACCAUGCAGUGAACAAGUACUUACAGACUGUUGUUUGGACUCAGGAGGGAAAUCUGAGGACCAUGCAGUGAACAAGUACUUGCAGAAUGUUGUUUGGACUCAGGCGGGAAACCUGAGGACCAUGCAGUGAACAAGUACUUGCAGACUGUUUUUUUGGACUCAGGCGGGAAACCUGAGGACCAUGCAGUGAACAAGUACUUGCAAACUGUUUUUUGGACUCAGGCGGGAAACCUGAGGACCAUGCAGUGAACAAGUACUUGCAGACUGUUUUUUGGACUCAGGCGGGAAACCUGAGGACCAUGCAGUGAACAAGUACUUGCAGACUGUUGUUUGGACUCAGGAGGGAAACCUGAGGACCAUGCAGUGAACAAGUACUUGUAAAUUUAUGUUUGGACUCAGGCGGGAAACCUGAGGACCAUGCAGUGAACAAGUACUUACAGACUGUUGUUUGGACUCAGGCGGGAACCCUGAGGACCAUGCUGUGAACAAGUACUUGCAGACUGUUGUUUAGACUCAGGCGGGAAGUGGUGAACCCAGGAUUCCUCCAUAGUCUCACGUCGCCUCCGUGGUCUAGUGGUAGAGCGUCCGCCCGGAGAGCGGAAGAUCCAGGGUUUGAUCCCCGGCCGCGUCA